AUGGUGCUGUGGGAGAUCACAUUAGGAACAGCCUAUUUCUUGGGGCUGAGGCGCACUUAUAGACUGGCUCUGAAGAUUCAGCGACGCCUCAUAAGCCCUAAGCACCCCAAGAUCCGUCAAUUUGCUCACAGGCGAACACGUGCUGUGUUUGAUGUAGCUAUCAAGGUUCACAAGAGCAUACAGGAAAGAGACAUAGAAGUUGGUCGAAAUCUUGGUAACCGGAUCCUACGAUGGCUUGAUCGGAUGAAACCCGAAGCUCAGAUUCGGGGUCCCCUGGAAAAACCCCCCACUAGUGCUAGCAUGAUGAAUAAGGUAAACUCCUCCCACCUCAAAACUCCUGGAAGCACCCAGGUAACCAGAAAUCAGGAAUCCGACAGGCAUCUGUUUUCAACAAUGACCAAUAUGUGGUCUAAACCCCUUCCUCCAAUUACAAUGAUGAUGAGAUCACGAAAGCCUUCUGGGAUGAUAAACCAGUACAGGCACUUAUGCAUGAAUGUGCCUCAACCGUUAAGAUCGAACUACAGUGCAGGUGCGUUUGGGGGAGUUAUACGGAAAGAUAUAAUGCAGUGGAUGCUGCAAAAAUGA